CAAGUACAGCACAACUUCCCAUAGACAUGUGAUGAGUCCGUGCAGCACCGCCCUGCUGGCCGGGCACGGCUCCCCCAGUCUCCUGUACGUCUGUGCCCGCAGUGAGUGUGCAGCCAGGCAGCACCCAAGGCCCAUGCCUAGUAAUGACAGCCCAGGAGCCAGAGGGAGGAGUUUUCUGAGUGGUUUAUUUGGUCCCAUUUGUGAGAUAGAAGUUGUUCUCAAUGAUGCAGACACCAGGAAGCUUUCGGAGAUUAAAACUGAAGAAGGCAAAAUUGAAAAACACUUUUUGUUCUACGAUGGGGAGUCAGUAGCUGGAAAGGUCAAUAUAGUCUUCAAGCAACCCGGUAAAAGACUAGAGCACCAGGGAAUAAGAAUUGAGUUUGUUGGACAAAUUGAAUUGUUUAAUGAUAAAAGCAACACACAUGAGUUUGUGAACCUUGUUAAAGAAUUGGCCCUGCCUGGGGAGCUGACACAAAGCAGAAGUUAUGAUUUUGAAUUUAUGCAAGUUGAGAAGCCUUACGAGUCCUACAUCGGGUCCAAUGUAAGGUUAAGGUAUUUCUUAAAGGUGACAAUAGUGAGACGCCUGUCAGACUUGGUGAAGGAGUACGACUUAAUAGUUCACCAGCUUGCCACCUAUCCAGAUGUCAACAAUUCUAUUAAAAUGGAAGUUGGGAUCGAGGACUGCUUGCACAUAGAAUUCGAAUACAACAAAUCUAAGUACCACCUAAAGGAUGUCAUUGUGGGGAAAAUUUACUUUCUACUGGUCAGAAUAAAAAUUCAACACAUGGAAUUGCAGUUGAUUAAAAAGGAAAUUACUGGAAUAGGACCCAGUACUACAACUGAGACAGAAACUGUUGCAAAAUAUGAAAUUAUGGAUGGGGCUCCAGUAAAAGGAGAGUCCAUUCCUAUCCGGCUGUUCCUUGCUGGUUAUGACCCAACACCCACAAUGAGAGAUGUAAACAAAAAGUUUUCUGUGAGGUAUUUCUUGAACUUAGUCCUUGUUGAUGAGGAAGACAGAAGAUAUUUCAAACAACAGGAGAUAGUUUUGUGGAGAAAAGCACCAGAGAAGAUAAGGAAAAGAACAAAUUUCCAUCAACGUUAUGAAGGCCCCGAUCCUCAAGCUUCUGCAGAGGAGCCUGAAAUUUAGAAGUGUGUACGCCACCCCAGAUGAAGGACAGAACCAGAUAGGAAAAGGCCAAACCUCCAUUAGAUUGUCUUCCUUCAUCUGACACUGUUGUUCAUUGUUCAUUGUACUAAACAUUCUGCGGGUCUGUAUGUAAUUCCAAUUGUACAUAUAUAAAUACCAAGUGCUUUUGCCGAAACACUGGACCUUUCUCAGACUAGCAUUUUAUAUAACAUUUAAUUUUUAAUUUUGGGAUUCUGCAUACAGAACAUGCAUCAAGCUAAAAACCUGUCUCACUGUAUUCUCAUGCAUGUAGGCUGGUGUACACUGAAACCAGGGCCUUAUUCUGUGUGUGUCUUCAUAUACACUUGCUGCAUUGUUCAUCUUUCUGCAAAUCCAUUUCUAUUUGUUUUGAACAGGCAGGUCUCAAAUUACUGUGAAUCGUCCACAAUUUCCUAUGAUUCACUUAAGAAAUGAAGGCUUUAUUAAAAAUUUUGAAGACAUUUACUGUGUGUGCGUCCGUUUUUGUUUAAUGUUUUUUUUUUUUUUUUUUUGUCCCAUGUGCCAUAUCUGAUCUGUCUCACCUGUGCCCCACAUAUUAUUUAGAUUUUUUUUUAUGCCAAUUUACCUAAAGGUGGAUUGAGAUUAUGAAUUGUUAGAACAGUGUUUUUCAAACAGUGUGUCUCCAGCUGUUGCAUAACUACAACUCCCAGCAUGCCCGAACAGCCAAAGGCUGUCGGG